AGCCCGCGGCGCCGCGCGCAGGCUGCGGUACAUGGCCCCGACGGGAGGCGAGCCGCCCUCACCGGAGCUCGGCUCCCUACCUGAGCACGACGGUGGCGCCUCGGCACGCGCGUCGUCGCCCCUCCAGCUGCCGGCCGCGGACAUGACCAAUUAGCCUCUUCCUAGGCUGGGAUUUGCUUGCAGAUUUUCUUCAUGGAAGCGAUGUCCCCCCAGCAGGAGACUCUAGGUGGGCAGCCUGGGCGCUCCUCUUCCCUGACAGGAGUGUCACGAAUCGCGGGAGGCCCCGGCACCAAGAAGAAAAUGAAAACACUAGCAGAAAGGAGAAGGAGUGCUCCAUCUCUUAUCUUGGAUAAAGCUCUGCAAAAACGGCCUAGUACCAGGGAAAGUCCUUCUGCUAGUGUUGACACAUGUGCAUUUCUGUCAUCAUUUAUGUGCUCCAGUAGGACUCUGCUAAUUGAUGGUCGGGCAGAACUCAAAAGAGGCCUGCAGAGGCAGGAGAGGCAUCUUUUUCUAUUCAAUGAUCUGUUUGUUGUGGCCAAAAUCAAAUAUAAUAAUAACUUUAAGAUAAAAAAUAAAAUUAAAUUAACUGAUAUGUGGACAGCAAGCUGUGUGGAUGAAGUGGGAGAAGGUAACACCAAUGCCAUGAAAUCCUUUGUCCUGGGCUGGCCCACAGUGAACUUUGUGGCCACUUUCAGUUCUCCAGAACAGAAGGACAAAUGGCUCUCACUUCUUCAGAGAUACAUCAAUCUAGAGAAAGAAAAGGACUAUCCGAAGAGUAUUCCCCUCAAAAUCUUCGCCAAAGACAUUGGGAACUGUGCUUAUUCUAAAACUAUAACAGUAAUGAAUUCAGAUACAGCGAGUGAAGUUAUCAACAUGUCAUUAUCAAUGCUAGGGAUAACUGGCUCUGAGAGAGAUUACCAGUUAUGGGUCAAUUCUGGAAAAGAAGCAGCACCAUAUCCACUCAUUGGGCAUGAAUAUCCCUAUGGAAUUAAAAUGAGCCAUCUUCGAGACACUAUUCUUCUGGCACAGGGAUCAAAGGACUCUGCCUCCCCUGCCAACCUGCAAGAGCCCUUCCUUAUGGAACAGCUGCCCCGAGAGAUGCAGUGUCAGUUCAUCCUGAAGCCCAGCCGCCUGGCUGUGGCCCAUCAACUGAGUGAUUCUGGUCAGAAGACAUUUAAAAGGAGAAGAUCUAUCAUACACUGGGCCUUUUGGCGGGGUUCUAGCACUCAUCUGGACAACUUGCCUACGUCACCAACAUCUCCUAUGUCGGGACAGCUCUUUGGAGUGUCUCUCCCAGAUGUUUGUGAGAAUGACAACCUGCCAAAACCUGUCUUGGACAUGCUUUUCUUUCUUAAUCAAAAAGGCCCCCUCACAAAAGGCAUCUUCAGACAAUCAGCCAAUAUGAAGUCCUGCAGAGAGCUAAAAGAGAAACUGAAUUCUGGAAUUGAAGUGCACCUAGACUGUGAAUCUAUUUUUGUGAUAGCGUCUGUCUUAAAGGAUUUUCUACGAAAUAUUCCAGGAAGUAUUUUUUCAUCAGAUCUCUAUGAUCACUGGGUCUGUGUAAUGGAUCAAGGAAAUGAUGAAGAGAAAAUAAAUACAAUUCAAAGGCUACUAGACCAGCUUCCAAGAGCCAAUGUUGUUCUCCUAAAGUAUCUGUUUGGGGUAUUACGUAACAUUGAGCAACAUUCCUCAUCCAAUCAGAUGACUGCAUUUAAUUUAGCAGUAUGUGUAGCUCCAAGCAUUCUUUGGCCUCCUACUUCCUCCAGCGCAGAACUAGAAAGUGAAUUUACAAAAAAGGUUUCCCUGCUUAUACAAUUUCUGAUUGAAAAUUGCUGUAGGAUAUUUGGAGAAGAAAUCACUUCCCUCCUGGGAGAAGUUUCAGUGAGAUGUGACACUAGAGAGAAUGUCCCAGAUAUCUCUUGCUUCCAACUGAAUGACUCCUCCUAUGACAGCUUGGAAAAUGAAUUAAAUGAGGAUGUUGAUGCUCCAUGUAGUGAUUUGGUAAAGAAACUUGGUCAGGGUAGCAGAAGUAUGGACUCUGUCUUAACCCUAAGUGACUAUGACCUUGAUCAGCCUGAGGUGGAAGGUCUUUUAACCUUGAGUGAUUUUGACUUAGACCAUUCUAAAGAUGAAGACAUUCAAAUGAAGCAGCCUCUUGAGACAAAGCCGGUGAACAUUUCAGGAAUGUAUAGAAAGGCUGCACUGGGGGAACAUGCCAGGGCCCCAUCUGGCACUUGUUUACCCAGCUACCUGUCCACAACUACAACAGAUGCUCCAAAAAUCCUGCGGCGACACCGCCGCUGUUCAGAACCAAGCAUUGACUACCUAGACUCAAAGCUUUCCUAUCUCAGGGAGUUUUACCAGAAAAAGCUACGUAAGUCCAGCUGUGAUGUAAUCCUUUCUCAAAAAGAUGAGGACUGUCUGAAGCAGAAUCAGUCUCUCCAGGAAGAGGGUAGGACAUGUUCAGUAACAGGCACUGAUGUCAAUGAGAAGAAUGCCACAAAUCAGAACAUUAAGAAGAAAAGCUUCUCUGGUAAUGAAGGAAAUCAUGUGAAACUUUUCACCAAGUCUAAGCCCAUGGCCAUUUCUGUGGCAUCUUAUAGUCAUAUACCCUCCCGGGAUCAUUCCAGGAACCAAACCUUUGAUCCAGAUUCAUCUGGAUACUCCCCACCACACACAGCAGAUGCCCCCAAGAGUUCAAGGACACAUCGGCGCUGCUCAGAGCCUAACAUAGAUGACCAGAACUGCAAACUGACCUAUCUCCGAGGGAUUUAUUCAAAGAAACAACAUAAAACCAGCUGUGAAGCUGGUCUCUUGCAUGGAGAGGAGGAUUAUCUCAAACGGCAUAAGUCUUUGCAAAUGGAGGGGCAAAAGCUUAUCAAUCAGAGUUUAGUCAUGGGGAUUGAGGUGGGCAAGAGCAGUUCCACAAACCAAAGCACUGAGAAGGUUUUACCCCCUAGACUAAACCUUGGCCCCCGAGCCAGCUAUUCCAGCUUAUCUUCGCCAGGCACUUCCCCAUCUGGCUCUUCAGUAAGCUCCCAGGACAGUGCUUUUUCUCAAAUUUCUGAACAGUCUGUGUUCACGCCCACUGAAACUUCCUCUCCAAUAGAUUGCACUUUUCAGGCUCAAAGAAAGCAAGAAGAGCUUUCUUCUGACUUUAGUAGUUCUAGCUUCAUUUCUGGAAUGCCUGGUCCCUCAACAGGGCAGGCCAGCAAUCAACCAGCUUAUACAAAAAAGGACAAUACUGUAGAGUGGCAUUCACAAAUGCAUUCUGUAACUCUUCAUCCCAGCACAUGGUUGAGAAAUGGUGUGGCCAGUUUGAAAAACUGGUCUCUCAAAAAGAAAGUAAAGGCAGCCAGACCAGAGGAAAAGAAAAUCUGUUCCCUAAAAGGACCCUUGGAGUUACCUCCUCAUGCUUCUCAUGCCAACUCACUGCAAGAAAGACAGAAAGACAUACCCUUCCAGGUAGCUGAAGGAUUUGGAGCUAUGCAGACAGCCCAAUGGUAUAGUUCUUAUCCCUGUCAGGAUUCAGAGAAACUCUGUGGCUCUCCAUUCAGCCUAGUGGAAAGCAAACUCAAGCUUUGUACAAAGUCCCACGAGAGAGGAGAGAGGGGAGGGCACUCUUCUGCUGGUCCCAUGGCUUGGGGAAGGGCCUCAACCAACUCUAUAACUGUGGAAGAUGUGGACAGCCCAGAUGCAGGGCCUGUAGUGGUGUGUGAUGAUGGGGACAGACAUUUAACCAAAGACAUUUAA